AUGUCCUUCAACCACCCCCGCCGAACUACAAAGACUACAUCGCCUGCUCUGACUCCCUCGUCCAGUGCGUCAGGCCGUCCCACCGUUAAGACCAACAUGUCCCUACGCAAAGGAGCCACCUUCCAUUCACCCACUACUCCAGACGAAGAGCUACCUGAACAGUUCAAAGUCCCUGCCCUCCCUCGCCGUUCUCAAACCACACUCGAAGAUGUUGUCGAUGCACACAAACGUCGUGUUGCCUUAACUCUUGGAGACAUUGAUCGAGGCCUCGCUGCCGUUGAAGAACGUUCUCCUUCUGACCGACAGUCCUUUCCUGACGAGGCAAACCCAGUCCCCCAAGGAUUUCUAGAUCACACCGUCGGCUCACCGUCGACCAAAUCAUACGGUUCCAUCAUGGAUGGACCAAUGUCCAAGGAGUCUCCAUCAAUUGGACGACGCUCCCUCCGCCCACGGCACAACCGCCGGCCUGCCAGAUACUCAGACAGUGCUCUGGGAUCCUCUAUUGACUCUAGAUCGGGCAAGAAGGUUGCAGACAAGUGCUCCACUAGUGUCACUGAUGACCAUUGCUCCAAGUCUAUCGUUGCAGCAUCAGCUAUAACUAGGUCUGCCGCCGCCCAGUCUUCAACAAUCGAGAGUCUUCCCAGACUCAGUGCGCGGGCCACCAACCGCAUCCACGAGCAUAUCUUGAAGCCACUGCUCGCAAAGCCGUCCUUGAAAGAAUUUUACCCAAUCGUACUGGACUGCCCCAGAAGAAUUCAUACCAAGGAGAUAGUAUGCCUUCGGGAUCUUGAGAAGACUUUGAUUUUUAUGGCACCUGUAAGUGAUAUCCAAACUGAUGUUGUUGGGGGAGUUGCUCACUGGUUUUCGCGUUUGAAGGAGAGGACCAAGACCGCCGCCUUGUACCUUGAUUUCUGCCUCACGUCAAUCCGGUGUAUCCAAGCGACCGUGGAAUUUUUGAGCGAACGCGAACAAACCAGACCUCACGACCGACCUUAUACUAACGGAUACUUUGUCGAUCUCAUCGACCAGAUUAAGCAGUACGCACAACAAGUUCAAGCUGCAAAAGAGAGGGAAGCCAAAGGAGAGAAAUUGGACGAGAUGGAUCCUGAACCAACCGAUGAAGUCAGACUUCAUGGUGGACUCACCAAAAACGGCCGUCCCGCUGAACUAGUUCGAGUAAAGAAGAACGGCAAGGCCAUAUCAGUUGCCACCGGCCUUCCCAUCGAACUUGAAGACGAAGACAGUAAAGAAGCCAUGCGAUUCAAGCGGUCCUUAAGCCAAGAGGCCGAGGAUGACGAAGCAAUUAUGCGGUCAAUGGCUCGCCGGAAGCGCUCAGCUUCAGCAGCUGAGCUCGCACCAAAACGUUGCCGUGAAGCUGGAUGUGACAAAGAAUUCAAGCGCCCAUGUGACCUCACCAAGCACGAGAAGACUCACUCUCGUCCCUGGAAGUGCCCUGUUGAAUCGUGCAAAUACCACGAAUAUGGCUGGCCCACGGAGAAGGAAAUGGACCGCCAUCACAAUGACAAACAUUCUCAGGCUCCUCCUUUAUACGAGUGCCAUUUUAAACCCUGCCCAUAUAGAUCGAAGCGUGAAUCCAAUUGCAAGCAGCAUAUGGAGAAAGCUCACGGCUGGGAAUACGUUCGAUCCAAAAACAAUGGAAAGAACCGCUCAGAGCAUGGUGCCCCAACCAGCAACCAUGGCCUGCCAACUCCCCAGACUACCAACAUCCGUACCCCAAGCAGUGAUGGAAACAAUGUUUCUACUCCUGAUGGGGAUGAUUUUGACAUGAACACCGGGUAUGAAAUGUCAGCCUGGAAUGAUAAUCAAAACCACCUGAACUUCCCAGACUACAACUCCUCGGAUAUGGACAUAUUUGCACCAAAUCAGCAAUUGCAGCUCGACUACUCCCCCAUCUCUGACAUGCACCAAUCUGGCUCAGUCUCUUCCGAUGGCCAAUCCCCAUACAUUGCCAACACUCUCUCUGGCCAAGACCAUUUCCAGGAUAACUUCCAAGACUUUAACAACAACAACGUUGACUUCAGCCUGUUUGAGAAUGAAGAUCUUUACAGCGCCAACGUUCAGAUUCCCACCCCAUCCCACGAUUUCUACCAACGGGCAAUUAACGGCUUUGAGACAUCAGGUGUCCCUUUCGCCGCAGACCCAAUCCCACAUAUCUCCCCCGUCGGUCACGGGAACACCAUGCUCUACACUCCAACCUCGAUGCGUGAUGUAGACGAAGGCUUCGAAGACUUUGUCCCCGCCAAUUGCAACCCGCAACUUGGCAACUCGGCCGAUUUCCAACUCUUCCCCUCGUCCACUGGAGGCACGGUCUCCAGCAAUGCGCCUAGUGCUCUGUUUGGCGAAAUCCCACACAUGAAUGGAUUUCCCGGCGUUUCCGCACAAGAUUUGCUAGACUUCUAUGCAGCGAGCACAGCAGCUGCUACUCAGCACCACGUCCACCAGAACCAUAACAUGGGUAGCAUGGACUGGUCUUCCGAUGACCAAUUUGGUGACUACAAAAGCCACUGA